AUGUCAACAACAUUCAAUGUAUGGAGAUAUACUGCUUUAGGUGCAGGUAUAAUUUAUGGUGCUUAUCAUAGAUAUUCAUUAGAAUCAUCUCAUGCUAAAAAAGAAUACACCAAAAGAUGGAAUCAUGAAGAAAAAUUAAUUCAACAAGCAAAAGAUGAAUAUGCAAAACUAAAAGAACCAAAAACUACUACUCAAUCUGCUCCAACUUCAAUAAUUUCUGGUUCAAUUAAUUGGGAAGAUCCAAAUUUGGAUUUAGGAAAAGCUUUAGAUUCUGUACUUGCUCAAUUGGAUUAA